UUCCCUCUAGAAAAAACCACAUCACAGAACAUAACAAAGAGGAAAAAAUAAUUAAUAAAAAUGGAUUCUUGAUUUUCAAGAACUUGAAUGGGAGAGUGACUUUCCAUCUUCUCUCUUUCUCUCUCUCUAUCUGUUAUAUCUAUAUCUAUUUCUAUUUCUCUCUCUCUUGAGGAAGAAGAGAAGGGGUGGUUGAGUCUAAUGGGUUCAAGCAGUAGCCGUUUGGGGUCACACCCAAGUCGCCCAAAUCGCACCAAAUACACAUUUUCAUCCAUUUUCAUAUGUGGGGCUUCAUCCUCUCGCUCAGCCAUUGAGAUGGAAGAUGAUCCAGCUGAAUUGCUGGUGGAUUCUGCAGAACACGCUGACAAAGGAAAGCUCCAAAACUCUGAGAAGGACCCGUCAGCUGAUUUUAUUCCCUCCCGAGCUGAACGUGGAGCUUCAUCUGCGAGCAAUUUGGUAAAUAGUGAAAAAUCUGCAUCUGGAGAUGCUAAUGUUCAGGGAGGUAACCGAAGAGAAAACUCAACCAAAGACAUGGAAUUAGUCACUCGAUAUCGACCUGGAAGUACAGGUUGUGAAACUGCUAGUACGUCUCGAGACGACAGACCAUUUCCCUAUCCACUUUCUUUAAACAAAAGGGCAGAAAAUGAUGUUGUUAAUAGUGUUGAUACUACAGCGAAUGGAGAUGUCUCUCAAAUAUUUGCUGGGUCCUCUCGUUCUAGCAGUCCAUUGUAUCACGGAAACGGAGAGUCUUCAUCAAGUGAAGAUUUUGUUGUAAAUCAUACAAAUGAAAUCCUUAUCUUCAAUAAUUCCGAUUCUGGUUCUGUAUCUGUUCUUUCGGAUUCUUCACUUACGCCACAUUUGGCGGGAGAUGAUUUGCGUCAGGAUACACCAUCAUCGGGUCUCGAGUUUCUGGUGUCAGAAAGGGAAGAGAGUUUAAGAGAUGGAAGUGCACUUCACGUUGAUAUGGCGAAUGUCUCUCCCAAUGUUUUCUCUAAUAGUCCUGCUGAAAUAACUAGUCGCGAAGCAAGACGGAAUAGUAGAAGACUUUUUUGGGAUUCUUUUUCAAGGAGAAGUCCUAGGAGGCGUGCUGAUCCUCGGAAUUUUCGUUUUCCAAAUGAUUAUUCAGACGAUGUAGUAUCUCAUGACAGGUUACUGCUGGACUUCAGCGAUAAUUCCCUUCAUGAGGGGGCUGGAGGUAAUUUUCCAUCAAAUGGAAGUCGGACUAGUGGGAGUAAUGAACGGCGACGACAUUCCAGAUCUGAGAUGUGGGAAAGACUUCCUGGUGGUCUUAUUGCUAGUGAUCAUCGAAGUGCAACUUGUCCAACUGGGAUUCACGCAGAUGGCCCAUGUUCAUGUGAGACAAUUUUGAUGAGUCGAGAAACUGGCAGUCGCGCAAGUAUAUCACGAAUAGUUAUGCUUGCUGAGGCAUUGUUUGAGGUCCUGGAUGAAAUACAUCGGCAACCGAUGUCAUUGUCCUUAUCUGUAUUAUCACUUCCAGCUCCAGAGUCAGUUGUGGACUCAUUCCCAGUGAAGAGUUACUCAAAAUCAGACGAAGUAGAUACUGGCAACAAUGUUCCACAGUGUCACAUAUGCUUAGCCGAGUAUGAGGACGGAGAUAAAAUACGAGUUCUACCUUGUCACCAUGAGUUUCAUGUAUCAUGUGUGGAUAAAUGGCUCAAAGAGAUACACGGUGUAUGCCCACUUUGCAGAGGAGAUGUCCGAAAUGGUUUUGUUGAAGGUUCAGUUUCUAACUCAGCAGUACCUUCUCUUUGAGUGAAGGAAAGAUUGUUGUAUCACCUAUCGGAGCACGUUGAACGUAGAAGGAUCGGAUGAUGGGUAGCUUCAGUUCCCCAAGUUUUCUUCGUUCGCCUUAUUCUCAAUAGAAGGUGAGAGAAUAAGGGCCUCUUCCUUUUCCUCUUUCUGACUUUGCCCCAUGCAAUUUUGUGGAGAGCAUGUACAGAUGUAUAUGGCAGCUUUCGCUCUGCGACACACCCUUGUUAAGAAGGCACAUUUUAAAGUUUAUGGAACAGAUAAUAUUACAACGCACAUGCCACUGUACUUGGUUGAGGCUUAGGAAAUAGGUGAAUAUAUGUAUUCUUAUUAAUGUAUACAGAUGUCUGUAAUAGGGGAAGCUCCAUAUCUCUAUAUGAUAUUAUAGUAGAGACUUUCAUAGCCAAGAUCUGGCUUGUCUUGCCUGCAAUUGGAAUCCUUGCUUGUUUUGUUUGA